AUGGCAGCUCACAGCCUCCUGGAGAGCUUCGAGCACUCUGGAGGAAAGAGAGGGGCCGGGGGCCCAUCUAUCUCCUACUUCAACUCUUCCUUGUCCCCUGGGGGCCACAGCCCAGGCCUGCUCACCCUGGCUCUCAGCCACUGCAAGAAAAGCAGGGGAGGCUGGAAAGGGGAGACCAGUGGGACAGUGGGGGUGGCUCACCAAGUGAGUUACCAUCUCCCUCAGUGUCCCUGGGAUGGACAAACAGCCCACUCGGAGCCCGAGGAGAAGCCAGCGCCGCCACCUGCUGCGGAGCAGAAGUCAGAAGACACUCAGAUCUCCGGAGAGCCGGACACAGAGCCAUCUUUUUCAGAUUCUUCAGAGCAGCAGCUGGGCCAGGAGCAGGAAGCCAGCGCCCCAUUCCUGUUUACCCUCCUGACCGCAAUCGAGCCCGCCAGCGACCCUGCAGAGGACUUGGACCUCCAGGAGUCCCAGUUCCUGGAUAAGGAAGACUGGGGCCCUCAGCAGACCUCAAAGGAAAUGAGCCAUUUGCAAAAUGUUUGCCUGAGGCUUCAGGAGUCGCUCAGCACUAUCCAAGCCGACAAUCUGGCUCUCGGGGAGAAGCUUCGAGACCUGCCUGACUCCUUGUAUAAAAGCCUGAAAGAGGAAGCAAGGGCCAUCCUGGAGGGAGAGAAGGCCAUCCAGGAGGAGGGUAAGGCCUUUCAGGAGGAGGGUAAGGCCAUCCAGGAAGGAGCCCAGGCUGUCCAGGAGGGGGCGCUGUUCCAGGUACCAGGAACUCCACCCAGCUCUGGGUGGGGUGAGACGACCAGUUUGCCUAGCGCCACUCAACCGGUUCCCCCCUGUCUGCAGCAACCCAGCUCCCAGAUGGCAGGACUGGUCAUCCUGCAGCCUGACCCUGCCCUCAACAGCAGAAACACAUGUCAGCCCUAGGCCCUAGCUGAGCCAAGGCUGGAGACAGCACAUCUCCUUGGGGAGCCCCCCUGGCUGUUCCUCUCCAGCUCCCCGCAGUAAACUUUACCAAAUCUGAGCCAUGGCUCCCCCUGCCUGUGUGUGGGCCCUGGGAAUCGGAGCCCACCAGCUCCAAGUAGGCCAUCCUCCAACAUCCUCCACCUCCCUGGGUCCUGAGCUGCCCCCACCCCAGAGGAGGCUCCAGAUCUGGCUGUUAUCAUCCUCAAGGUCAGCAAUCCUGUGAUAAGCGCUGGGGUGGGACUGGAAGGGGGCCGCACCCUCUCCUUGGGAGGCUGGAAGCCCCAGGUCUAACUCCAAAGGGCAGAUUAGGGAGGGGCAGGAAGAGCCACUUUCCACCCUGUGGCCUUGGAUGAGUCUCUUCUUUUUUGUCAGUCAAGUCAUGGGGGAGGGGGGAGUGAGAGCCCCAAAGGGGCCCCAAACCCACAUACUUCAGGCCUGGAAAUGCUGCUGGAAUUUGAAUUCCCACUCCCACCUCCAACCAGGGUCUCCUGGGGCCCUGCCCUGAGACCUGCUCCCCUUCACCAAUGAUGGUCUUCCUGUCCUGAGUCAUAGAUUCCACCCCUACCUCAUCCAUGGACCCGAAUGUCCAGCUGUAGUCCCUGUGCUCCAGCCACCGAAAGGCCCUCAGGGCUUGUACCCCUCAUCUUCAUUGCCCUCAGACUUGGCCCAGCCCUGGGAGCCUUCUUAGGCAUACCCUGAUUACUAAUGUAAUGAGAGAGAGAAGACAAGAGACAGAUGCACAGAGAAUGUAUAGGUAGAGUAUUCAAAAACUUAGAAAUUUUUCCCAUACCACUAAACAAAUAAAGUGCUUUAGAUAUUUUUUUUUAACUCCCUAACGAAGGAGAUGACAGAGCCAG